UGAUGUGUGCUCCAUUCUGUGUCCAACUGCGGAGUUGCUGCUACCAUCAAAGGAAGCUCCUUUCUCUUUCUCUGUGUCUCUCCCUAACACCCCCCUCCAUCUGGGAGACAAAGAUCCCUUUGCCUUAGGAAGGGGGGAGGUGUUGUUAGAGAGAGCGUUUUGUUUAAUUGUGUUUGAGAGAGAAAGAAGAGAAGAGAAGAGAAGAGAGAGAAAGAGCCGGCUUCUUGUUUCUCUCUCUCUCUCCCCACCCACCCCCCCAUCUCGGUGGUGGCUCUCAGCUGCCCCCCUUUCUCUUGUUGCCUGGACCGGGAGCUGGAGGCUGCCUCCUGGUCUAUGUGAGGGUGGCCAGAUCUCCGGCUCCCGCUGGAUUCUCGCGUCUGGAGCUGGUACUCGAUCCCACAGAGAGAGCGAGAGAGGGAGAGGGGGCUUGGCGAAUUACCUCUUGGAAAAGUCGAAGUGUAAAACGACCCUUUGUAUCCAACCAACGUCCGCAUCAUCCAACUUGGUCCUGACGAUCCAUCAUUUCAGGAACAAUAUACUUUGCAAAAGAAAACCAAGGGACUAACAUGCACCUUGCUGAGGAUCUGAUGUUACCCACCUAGGAAGAGAGCCACGACCUGACUCCCGACAUUCCCCAGGAUGCUGGGAAUCUGCAGAGGGCGCAGGAAGUUCCUCGCAGCCACCCUGACCGUUCUCUUCGUGCCAGCGUUUACCUGGAUUUACCUCUUCUCGGGGACGUUUAAAGAUGAGAAGCCGGUUUCGUUGUCUCCCUACGAAGCCCCGGCAAACAGCCCACGGUACGUGUUCAACCAGAGAGAGCGGGAAUCCCUGGAAGUGCGGAUGCGAGAGGUAGAGGAGGAAAACCAGGCCCUUCGUAAGCAGCUCAGCCUGGCCCAGAGCCGGGUCCAUCACCAUAGGAACCAUUCCAAGAGCUAUUCCACGGAGGAAGGCACAGGGGACAACGAGGUGGUGCAUGCAUUGGCGUGGAAUAGUUCAGAAUGUGGCAGAAGACCCACCGUGGAAAAGUGUGAGACAAUCCACAUUGCCAUUGUGUGUGCAGGAUACAAUGCAAGCCGCGAUGUUGUGACACUCGUAAAAUCCGUUCUGUUUCACCGGCGAAACCCUUUGCACUUCCAUUUUAUCACUGAUGCCAUUGCCAAGCAAAUCCUGGGCUAUCUCUUUGAGACGUGGAUGGUUCCUGCAGUGACGGUCAACUUCUAUGAUGCUGAUGAAUUGAAGCCAGAGGUAUCAUGGAUUCCAAACAAGCAUUACUCAGGGAUAUACGGCCUAAUGAAACUGGUUCUCACCAAGACUCUGCCUGCUUCCUUGGAACGGGUCAUUGUCCUUGAUACAGAUAUCACCUUUGCGACAGACAUUGCCGAGCUUUGGGCUGUGCUCCACAAGUUCAAAGGUCAGCAAGUCCUUGGACUGGUCGAGAACCAGAGUGAUUGGUACCUUGGGAACUUGUGGAAGAAUCACAGACCUUGGCCAGCGCUCAGUCGAGGAUACAACACUGGCGUGAUUUUGUUGCUGCUGGACAAAUUGCGGAAAAUGAAAUGGGAACAGAUGUGGCGUUUGACUGCGGAGCGGGAGCUGAUGAACAUGUUGUCCACUUCGCUGGCUGAUCAGGAUAUCUUUAAUGCCGUCAUUAAGCAGAAUCCUAUCCUAGUGUACCAGCUUCCGUGUUUCUGGAAUGUUCAGCUGUCAGAUCACACGCGCUCCGAGCAGUGCUACAAGGAUGUGUCAGACCUCAAGGUGAUCCACUGGAAUUCUCCCAAGAAGCUGCGAGUGAAGAACAAGCACGUGGAGUUUUUCCGGAACCUGUAUCUGACGUUUCUGGAGUAUGAUGGGAAUCUCCUGCGUCGGGAGCUGUUUGGCUGUCCCAGUGAGGUAGACAAGAACAGUCAAAAUCUUCAGAAGCAGUUGUUGGAACUGGAUGAGGAUGACCCCUGCUAUGAAUUCCGAAGGGAGCGAUUCACCGUCCAUCGCACUCAUCUCUAUUUCUUGCACUACGAGUUUGAGCUUUCUGCUGAAGACACUGAGGUUACUCUGGUGGCUCAGCUCUCAAUGGACAGGCUGCAGAUGUUGGAGGCUAUCUGCAAGCACUGGGAGGGGCCUAUUAGUCUUGCGCUGUACCUGUCCGAUGCUGAGGCCCAACAAUUCCUCCGCUACGCCCAAGGUUCAGAGGUCCUGAUGAGCAGGAGCAACGUUGGGUACCACAUCGUCUACAAGGAAGGACAAUUCUAUCCUGUCAACCUGUUGCGGAACAUCGCCAUGAAACACGUUAACACACCCUACAUGUUCCUGUCCGAUAUUGACUUCCUCCCUAUGUACGGUCUCUAUGAGUACCUGAGGUAUCAUGUUUGGACCAAGGGUCACGCUCCGACGAACUUUGCCAAAUGGCGGACGGCCACCACCCCCUAUCACGUCAAUUGGGAGGUGGACUUUGAGCCUUAUGUUGUAGUAAGGCGCGACUGCCCGGAGUACGACAGGAGAUUUGUCGGGUUUGGCUGGAAUAAAGUAGCACACGUCAUGGAGCUGGACGCACAGGAAUAUGAGUUUAUCGUCCUCCCCAACGCCUACAUGAUCCACAUGCCUCACGCCCCCAGCUUUGACAUCACCAAAUUCCGCUCCAACAAGCAAUACCGGAUCUGCCUGAAGACCCUGAAGGAGGAGUUUCAGCAGGACAUGUCUCGCCGCUACGGGUUUGCAGCUCUCAAAUACCUGACUGCUGAAAACAACAGCUGAGACCCUCAGGCUGUCCUCAGCCGACUCCACGUGAACACUCAGCCACCGCCGUGAGGAGUGAAAUGGGGUGGGGGUGCUGUGUACAGCGUGUCGUGCAAAAACCGAAACCAAAAUUCACGUGCGUACCCGCCAACAGUCUGUCAGGAUUUGGGUGGAAGAGUCGUGCUUACAAGAGCUUACUUUGGGUCCUCCUAGGCGCUGUUAUCCCUGUCAUUUGCUAUUUAAAGGCCUCCAUGCUGGUCCGCCCCCCCCCCCCCCCCCAACCUUAUUGUCUUGCCCUUGAGGGAGGUCCCUACUGGCCAUCGAGCCUUUUCCAGAUGGAAGGGCAGGAUUGUUCGGUGCCCCACAACGUUGCGCCCUGAUUAUUCAGAGGGUCUCCAUCCUUUUGAGUGCAAGCCUUCAAGAGGUCAACACUGUCACUUGUGAACAGGAAAAUUAACAAGAAGAGGAGGGGACACAGCAGAGAUCCCUGGGAACAGCAGUGCCUUUCCUGCGUUGGUGUAACUUAGCAACCAGCUUCGCCAGGCUACUCCAUGUUGGUUUCCCAUGACGGUCUUUUGUCAUGGUUAGGGCACUCCGCCACUAUUCCACGACGCCCCAGCUGCCCGCGGCAAAUUCACGGGUCGAGCCCAGGCUUCCCUGCUCCUAAAAGAAAGGUCAACCCCUCUCCCAAGGCAGUGAGCAGUCUAAAUCUUGCUCUGUCCAAAAUGUCCGUGCAUCCGUUAAGGUGGUCCCGAGAUUAGCGAAAUACUGGAGCUCUGAGGUGCAAACAGAAAAGGCUGAAAAAUGUUGGGCUGGUGGUAUCUGGGGAGGAAGAAGCAGAGUUAAACCUUUCAGAGUGAGGUCCCCAGGGGAGGAUUAUGUUGUGGAGGGUGGGGUACAUCAUGGUGGCUAUGUCCAAUAGUGAGAGGAAGCCAUACUACAAAGGUCAGACACUUGGUCAUUGGAGUUUGAAUAACUCAAGGAAGCGGCCGGAGUCGCUUGGGUUGCGAUGAGAGUUUGAGCUGAUUCCAAUAACCAGAGUUGGUUUUGAGAAUUCAAGCAUAAACUUAACACAGCCAUGAAGUGUGUGUUGACUUCUGUGAAAGGAAACAAAGCAGAUCCUCCCUGGGAAUAACACCUAAAUCGAAAAUCUCAUCCGAAGAAAGGGUUGCCCUUGUAUCAGAGUCACUGGGGGGGGGUGAGAGACAUUGUUGAGUUCGCUGGGGGUCAACUGGAAUCAAAUAAAUUGGCGGGCUUUUUUUGUGAGGUUAAAGCCAAAAUAUUUCUCCAUUUGCUGGGACAUGGUCAGGGUGGGGUAGUUCUUCAGCAGCUGUCAAACCGAAACCGUGGAAGAUGCAGAGCUCUGCUUGACUUCCGAGUCAAGGCUGAGCCGACGAUUGGAAAAGUGAAGAGCUGCACGAUGUUUUGGAUUUAAAAAAAAAAUGACAAAUUCCGUGAAUUCUCCCCAGAGUAUGAACUUUCCACCAUCUCUUCCAUUGGCAGGCCGGGACCAUUUCAUUGAGACCAGGCCAUAAUUAGGACUGGAUCUCUGGAGGUGGAUCGAGAUCAACCAGUGGGAAGGGUUGCUAGUAGUAGGGGUGAUUGAUUUGGAACAUUACGAUAAUGUAAGCAGCCCAUGGGAUGUAGCUAAGUAAAGAUGAUAAGAUCGAUAUUCAAGGGAAUAAGGUUGAACCACCACCUUCGACCAAACCUAUCUCGUGACUCGCUGCAAGAACUCCACUCUAACUGACAGAGAAUUUUAUAAUAAUGUAAACUGCGUAUGCUGUAUUGAGGAAAGAAUUAAUUCAAUAACCUACCAGGCCAAUUCUCAGUCCCACGUGCCAGUUACUCUCUGCGCAGUUUUCAAUGUGACCUUUCCCCCUCGGCAACUGACACUUGCAUCAUAAUACAUUUCUGUUGAAGCCAUCCUGUUUAAAAAAGAUGGUCAAAAUCUUAGUUUCCGUGUGCUCUUAUUUGAAACCUUGUCAUACUUUGGAAACUGCUGAGGCACGUCAGAUGAUGUGGAGUUUGUCAUGAGGUCCUUGCCCCUGUCCAACAAUGGAUAAAUAUUCUUGAAGACGACCAGUGUGAUGGCUGACAAAAAGAGAAAUCAAUCCUUUUUUGGUGUCUCUCAAAGUAAUGUGACUCUUUUUCAAGUAGAAAAAGUAAUUGCACCCUUCUGUACAUUUAUUUUGUCCUCAGGGAGAGUAUGAUGGAAGAACUGUAGUCUAAUUGUUAGGGAAUAUAAGCCUCAGGUUGCUUUGAGCAGAGCACAGUAUUGUAAUAGACUGGACAAUCACAGGACUGAGGACUAUUUAGAGUACCACUGGAGCUUGAGAAAUAAAUACUGGAACCCAAUCAGACAUGGUGAAGGAUCCUUGAACCCUUGAGAAUCUAAUUGGAGGGUAUGAUGUACUGUUCAAAUGAUUCAACUGUUAGGUUGUUAAUGUUACUCAACCCCUUAGUGGUACUGUCGGACUCUGAAAUCCCAUGAGCUGACUGCAGGUUUAUUUAGGAAGAGGAUUCUUUGGCCUGGUUAAUACGCUGUUGGUCAUCUUCAAUUACUCGGAGUGUGACUGUCAUCGUUGGGAUUUGGACAAUAGUUUUCAUCACAGAGCUAUUGAACUGUAAACCUGGAAAUUAUGUGGAGCAGUAAGAGUGCUGGACCUAUUGGAGCAUUUGGAAUGCCGCUGGGCUGUUCAUUGAGCUAUUGGAGUUGAACUGGGGGGUUUUGAACAGCUCAGAGUAUGACAAGAAAACUGACACCUUUGGAAAACAAUUGGAGGAUGGUGUUGCAAAUAAUAAAUAUUGGAGGAGAGUUAGCCAGCAGGCAGUGCCAUUGGAGAAUAGUCAAAGGCAAUGAGGAGCACCAUUGGAAGAGGGUCAGACAGCACUAUGCUCCAUUGAUGGACGGUCAGACAACUACGUGCCCCAUUGGAAGAUAGUCAGCUAAUAUUACUCUGAAGGAUAGUCAGGGAAGGCCUCGCACCAUUGGAGGAGGGUCAGCCAGCGAGAAGCACCAGUGAAGCAAAAACAGAAAUUGAACAGAAGCAGGGCAUUCUGAGAAAGGGUCACUGGUCCCGAAACAUUAACUCUGACCUGCAGAGCUUUUCCUUCAAUUUCAGUUUCUGUUUCUGAUUUCCAGCAUCUGCAGUUGUUUUAGUUUUUAUUUGAAGAACAACGGAACAGCUGGAACACCACUGGAGGGGGAUCAGACAGCACAAUGCCUCAUUGAGGGAUAGUGGGACAGCAAGGUGCCCCAUUGGUUGAUAGUCGGACAGCAAGGUGUCCCAUUGGAGGACAGCCAGACAGCUUAGUACCCCACUGGGGGCCAAGCAGCUGAUAUUACUUUGGAGGAUAAUCAGAGAAGGCCUUGCUCCAUUGGAGAAGCUCAGACAAUGAGGAGUACCAUUAGAGGAGGACCAGACAGCUAGGAGCACCAUUGGAGGACAGUCAGUCAGCACAGUGCCCCAUUAGAGGACGGUUGGACAGCUAGGAGCACCAUUGGAGGACAGUCAGACAGCACAGUGCCCCAUUAGAGGAGGACCAGACAGCUAGGAGCACCAUUGGAGGACAGUCAGACAGCACAGUGCCCCAUUAGAGGAUGGUUGGACAGCUAGGAGCACCAUUGGAGGACAGUCAGACAGCACAGUGCCCCAUUAGAGGACGGUUGGACAGCUAGGAGCACCAUUGGAGGACGGUCAGACAGCACAGUGCCCCAUUAGAGGACGGUUGGACAGCUAGGAGCACCAUUGGAGGACAGCCAAAGGCCUGCAGGAUUGGUGAGCUGUUUCUAAUCAUUGUACAACAAAUUUCACUCUUCACCACAAUGGGCAGGAUGACUGUUGAGAAAAAUGGUCAAUCAGCACAAGGCAGAACUGUCUUCUGACUUUGGCAUUGUGCAAGUGACAGAAUAAUAAAUAAAAAAUAUUUUUAAAA